AUCGGGCUGGACUCCGGGCAGCGGCACACCGGGCUGGACUCCGGGCAGUGGCACAUCGGGCUGGACUCCGGGCAGCGGCACAUCGGGCUGGACACCGGAUCACCAGGCAGAGCAGCAGGCAUUGGGCCCCAGGCGGAGCGGCGGGCCCCCCCAGGCAGAGUGGCAGGCACCGGGCCCCCAGGAGGGGCGGCAGGCGCCGGGCCCCCAGGAGGAGCGAUGGGCGCUGGGCCCCCAGGCGGAGCGGCGGGCACCGGGUCAUCAGGCACGACAACGGGCAUCGGGUCACCAGGCAUCAGGUCAUUUGGCUCGCCAGCGGGCACCGCGUCAUCUGGCAAGGCAGUGGGCACCGAGUCACCAGGCACGACAGUGGGCUCUGAGUCAACUGGCAUGACCGCGGGCACUGGGUCAUCAGGUACCGGAUCGUCUGGAUCGACAGCGGGCACCGGGCUGGGUAGAAACAUCAUGCUGGGUAGAGAGAUCAGGCUGAACGGAGGCAUCAGGCUGAACGGAGGCAUCAGGCUGGGUAGAGGCAUCAGGCUGGGUAGAGGCAUC